CCUAGCGGAUCCAGCAGCCCCCCCCCCCCCCCCCUCCAUUCCGAGCUGCAAACCCUCUCGGAAAUGGCAGCGCCGGCGGCGAUGCAGGUCAAGGUGCGUGUUCCAGAGAACGAGGAGGUCGCUCGCUGCCUUCACGAGAAGCGGCUGUCGAUGAGGGAGCAGCCGGCCGGUUUCAAGGAGCACCUGGACCGCACGUUUGCCAAAGCCUACCGCAAUGUCUGCGCCGCCAAUGAGCCCAUCCGGACUCUCAAGGAGUUCUCUAAGAUCAAUGGUGUGGGGCCAUGGCUAAUACGUUGUAUGAAAGGCUUCUUUCCAGAGUCCAAACAGGAUUCUCCAACGAAAGGAAAGAAAACAAGAGUACCAAAAUGCCCUAAGCCAAAGAAGAAUACUGCUGCUGCUGCUGCUUCUUCUUCUUCUUCUUCUCUUGGCAAGGGACCUCCUCCUAACUUAAAUUGUCAGAAUAUUCAGUUUACUCCUCCAUUUUCAUCCCAAGGAACAUUGGAGCUGCAAUCGUGUGGUAAAACGGGUUCUUCUGACUUCAGUAUGGACAAGGAUGUUGUAUCAAUGGACAAUUGUAUACUGGCUAUGCCACCUUGUCAAUCAAGUGAAGAGUUUCUUGAAGCUUACGAGGUUGUUCUGAUAUUGGAUGAUCGUGAGAAUUUUGGGUAUUCCUCAAGAAAAGUUGCUUCAAAAAAGGUUGCGGAUAACAUUAGUUCGCAGUUUAAUGUACCUGUAGAGGUUAAACGUUUGCCUGUAGGUGAUGGCAUUUGGAUCGCUCGUCAUAAAAAAUUUAUGACAGAAUAUGUUCUAGAUUUCAUUGUUGAAAGGAAAAAUGUUGCAGAUUUAGGUAGCUCAAUUAGAGACAAUCGAUACAAAGAUCAGAAAACGAGGCUGCAGAAAUGCAGGUUAAAGAAGCUCAUAUAUCUUGUUGAAGGUGAUCCAAACACUUCAAAAGGAUCAGCAGCAAGCAUCAAAACAGCCUGCUUCACCACUGAGAUUUUAGAAGGAUUUGAUGUUAUCCGUACCAGUGGGUAUACUGAUACCAUGAGAACAUAUGGUUAUCUUACACUCUCAAUAAUUGAUUACUACAGCACAAAUUUCCACAGUCUUGAUAACAGUGCAUGUAUAUGCCCAACCUAUGAUGAGUUUGAGAGACAUUGUCGUUCCCUUCAGAAGAAAACAGUGAGCCAAAUAUUUGCUCUGCAACUUAUGCAGGUGCCACAAGUAACAGAGAAAGUUGCAUUGACUGUUAUAGAGUUCUAUCCAACUCUUUUCUCACUCGCAAGGGCGUACUCCAUGCUUGAAGGUGAUAUCCAUGCCCAAGAGGAGAUGUUGAAGAACAAGAGCAAGAUGAUAAAUGCAGGGGCUAGUAGAAACAUCUUCAAGCUUGUCUGGGGUGAUGGAUGUCAAUCUUCAGGGCUCAGUUUGGACUAACCAACUUAAGUGACAAUAUCACCGCCUUGGUGAUCUUGAACCAUAUUUUUGUGUGGUUUACUAGCCCCUUAUGCUCAGAUAUUCAAUUGCUAGGCUUUCGUAUUCUGAAGGCAAAUGAUCCAAUUGAACACUGACCGUUUUGGAGCAUGUAGUCACCGAUGAAGUGUCUGAAAGUGUCUCACUGUUGUCGUCUCCAGGUUGCACAAGAUGCAAUGUUCUUGGGAUGAGAUGUGUAGUGUUUCAUUAUGUACAUCUGUUGACUUCUACUCCCUUCCUUGCGUUAUGAGAUGUCGCUUGUUAUCUUGUCGUUUUUUUUCUGUUUACACUGAAAAUUGACCGGAUAACAUUGCAAACUGCAUCCAGCGUUUUGCUUUCAUCCACGAGCUGAAAGCAGUUCUUGCCGGUUGUUUCAUCCAAGUGUGCACAUCUUUACUUGAGCGGUUGAGCUUCUGAUGCUGCCACGUCAGUAAUGUAGCCUUGGAAUUAUUAUUGUAAUAACAUGGUGAAAAUAUAUGUAUGUGAUCUUUAUAAAUUA